CGUGUCAAAACUCGCACGCUGGCCGACAUGAUUAUGGACAAGAUCACAGAAAAGCAAACCGAAAUUCAAACACAGUUUUCUGAUACCGGUUCACUUAAACUUGAAGAGAUUGAUCCGCGAGUACGGGAAAUGUACGAGGGAGUGAGAGAUGUGCUUAAACGAUACCGAAGUGGUCGCUUCCCGAAAGCUUUCAAAAUUGUUCCCAAAUUGAGAAAUUGGGAGCAAAUUCUGUACAUUACAGAGCCACACAACUGGAGCGCAGCGGCGAUGUUCCAAGCAACUAGGAUAUUUUCGUCCGGAUUGACACAGUACAUGGCUCAGCGUUUCUACAAUCUUGUUCUUUUGCCGCGAAUUCGAGAUGAUCUGGCCGAGUACCACAAACUGAACUUCUACUUAUAUCGAGCACUGAAGAAGGCGCUUUUCAAACCGGCUGCCUUCAUGAAAGGCAUCGUUCUUCCUUUAUUGGAGUCGGGUGACUGCACGCUGCGCGAAGCCAUCAUCUUCGGUAGCAUCAUCAGUUCCACAACCAUCCCAGUGCUGCAUACGUCUGCCUGUUUGUUGAAGAUCUGCGAAAUGGAAUACUCCGGAGCGAAUUCGAUCUUCAUCCGAAUCAUUCUGGAUAAGCGAUACGCCCUGCCGUACCGAGUAGUGGACGCGGCCGUGUUUCACUUCCUGCGGUUUGAACAGGAUAAACGAGAGCUGCCAACGUUGUGGCACAAUGCCCUGCUCACAUUUGCCCAGCGAUAUAAGAACGAUAUUUCAUCCGAGCAGCGGGAUACGCUGCUUCAACUACUGAAGAAGAAGUCCCACUAUAAGAUCACCCCGGAGAUCCGCCGCGAAUUGAUGGCGGCUCGUUGUCGAGAUGUGGAAAUGGGUGACAGUCUGGCCCACGAAGCCGACAUGGAGUACAAGGAAGACAUGGAUUUCGGCCCGAUGGAAGCCGACGAGGUUGCCGGGUCCAGCAGUAGUCGCGCCAAAGGUAACCCCGCCGCUGCCGACGAAGAUAUGGAAAGUGAAGACGACGACGAAGAUGAGGAGGAGGAUGAAGACGAUGAGGAAGUGUAGAUUUUAGGAUAUUGAAUGAUACACGAGACGGUUAAUGUUAUUUUUAAUAGGUUUCUUUAUUGCUACAUAUUGUAUUUGUUCAAAUACAUCUGAGCUCUAUGAAUAUAAAAUCUAUAUUUCUGUA